CACUUUUUAAGUAGUUGAAAUUACAAAAUUAAAAUUAAACAUGACUCAUGUCGCUGUUAUUGUAUGCACUGUAGGAAAAGUAACAAAAGGGGUGGGUUUACGUCCCCUUAUAAUUUGCCCGACUAGUCUAUUCACCUGUCAUUGCCUACAGUUACUCAGUUACUACUUUAAUCUUUAGGCGCUACUAUAAACCCAAACAAAUAAAAUUUGUAACUAUAAAAUCAAUGGAAUUGGAGACCCAACCCAUUGCCGUCGAUGGAGACUCCACCAUCAUAGGCGGAUGUUCGCCCAGAGAUGACAAUGAUAUGGAAAGGCUGAGAAAUGGCAGCGGCGGUGGCCAAGGGAGUAACAAGUCGUUGGACAAAAUUAAGGGGCCAUGGUCACCAGAAGAGGACGCGAUAUUGAGUCAACUCGUCAGCAACUUCGGAGCGAGGAAUUGGAGCCUCAUUGCUCGAGGAAUUCCUGGCCGAUCCGGAAAGUCUUGCCGCCUCCGGUGGUGCAAUCAACUAGAUCCUGCCGUCAAACGCAAGCCCUUUACUGAUGAAGAAGAUUGCAUCAUACUUGAGGCCCAUGCUGUACAUGGGAAUAAAUGGGCAUCAAUUGCCAGGCUUUUGCCUGGCAGAACAGACAAUGCAAUCAAGAACCAUUGGAAUUCCACGUUGAGGCGCCGCUGCAUGCAACUUGGAAAAUUUAAGUUGGAAACCGUGAAUGUCAUGGAGGAUGAUAGUGCAGAAAAAUCAAAAGCAUCAUCUGAAGAAACUCCAUCAUAUGGUGAUGCCAACUCAUAUAAAUCCUCUGGAGGGAAAGAUGUCAACUCUCUGGAACGUGCAACUGACAACCAUGACCACCAAGAAGAGAGGGCUCAAUCAGAAGGUCAAUAUAUCGACCCAUCCAUGGACGAUCAAUCUAUCGACCCGCCCACGGACCAUCCCACUCUAUUCCGUCCUGUGGCUCGCAUUAGUGCAUUUACUGUUUGUAGUUCACUGGAUGGCCCGGAAAGUUUAAAUCCACGUCCAGGGCCUCUUCCCUUGCAAGGUCCCUCUAUUCAAUCCUCAAACCAAUCUGUUGGGAUCGGUAAAUUGCUCGAAGGAGCUUGUGGUGAUCGGUUGGUCCCACACCAAUGUGGCCAUGGUUGCUGUGAAAUUCAAGGCGGUGGGACACAAGGAAGCUGCUUAUUGGGUCCUGAAUUUGUUGACUAUGCUGAGCCUCCAUCCCUCCUAAGCCAUGAAUUGGCCGCAUUAGCUACGGAUAUAAGUAAUGUUGCUUGGCGCAGAAGUGGGUUGGAGAGUAGUAGUAUCAAUGCCAUGGACAAUGUGAUUGGUAGGAUGUAGCAGCUGUUAUUUUCAAAUCAGAAAUUGAAGAGAGUAGAACGAAUUAGAAUCUAGGUUUUAAAGGGGAAGAAACUAAGUUUGGGGAUUGUGCCUGACCUAGCGUCAUCCUAAGCGAAUAGUCAAUUUUUAUCUAUGAAUGGUAACUUUAGGGGCAUGAAGUGAUUUGAGUUAUUGUAUUUACACGAUUCACCAAAAUUAAUAGCUGUAUAUGUCAGUAGAAGAACUGAGCUGCACUAAUGAGAUUAUGGACCUAGAAUCAUACGGAUAAAUUAUUCAAUUUUUUGUUCAUGGGAGCGGAAAGGUUGUGCAGGACAAACAUCUGAAAGGUCAUUUUCUUGCUCUUUAGCCCGUCUAGACGAGGAAACUGAUGCACAGUUGGCAUAUUGGAGUAAGAGGAGAGGGUCGUCGAUGCAUAGGCAUAGCAUUGAUGAUUGGCAUGCUAAGUCAACGUGUUUUCUAAUAGUAGCCUACCAUCCAAGUUUCUUCCCUUUGCCUUUUAGAAAUAUUGAAUUCAAUGAAUGAAUUCUGCUGUAAUGUUUUCAUUUUUUUGGCUUUACUCUUUGAACUUGUAAUGCCUAUUUAAAUGGGAACUGCUAGAUGUUCUGAUAACUUUUUGAUCUCUAUCAUCUAUUUGAAUAAUUCUUUGAUGA